GGAGCAGGUCCCCUACCCGGAACUGCUGCAUCUGUACUCAGGCCUGGAGCUGGACGAUGUUCACAAUGGCAUCAUAACGGAUGGGACCUUGUGCAUGACACAGGAUCAGAUCCUGGAGGGCAGUUUUUUGCUGACAGGUCUGUUUCCUUCCUGGGUAGGGAAGGUGUAGAGGAGAAAGGGGUUCUGUCUGCAGGGAACAGUAGUCCGCAGUGGCUUCUGGUGACCCCAUGCAGCUAAGGGCAAGGCCCCCAACAGUUGGACAUUAGAUGGGGUGAUUAGGCUAAGCAGAAGGUGGUAGCACUUCAUAGAGGAGGAAACCAUCUAAAUGAAUUUAUGAUCUUCUGAGAUGGUGGGGGACAACGAGGAGGGGAGACCAGCUGGGGUGGUGUAGAGAAAGGUGGAGAACCAGAGUGGGAGGUAUGCUGGUCCCCUCCUGGCUGUCCCCAGGCUCCUUAGCACCUUCCUCUGGGCUGGCCCUGGUUGUAGCUGCACCCACUGCCCUAUGCCCUGAGGGAACUUUUCUUCUUCCCCAACCACGGAACCUGGCACCAGAUGACAAUGAAGCAACCUCACAAACCAUGUCAACCACUGAAGUCUUGCUCAACGUCGAGUCACCCAGCGACAUCCUGGAUGAGAAGCAGAUCUGACUCAACAAAUAUCUACUGAAUGUCUAUAUGCACCAGGCAUUGUGACCAACUUGCUGUGUGACCUUGGGCACACGCCCUGCCAUCUCUGGGUCUCAGUUUCUUCAUCAGGAAAGCAGAGGAUUUGGCCUAAGUGCUAUCAAAGGGCCUUCCAGUUGUAAAAUGAGUGAAUGACUCAAUCAAGGUGGCCCCUUUCCCUGGGGCUGGGACCUCCCCACCACCAGCCGUGGGUUAUACAUGUGGCCGCCGUGAUUGGCGCCAGCUCGUGCCCACAGCUCUGCAGAUGUUUCCUCUGCGCGUGUUGUGAGACACACGAGGCAUUUUCAGGUGUAUCCUGUGUCUGGGGCUGUGGGCAAUGGCGCCUCGGCCUCCCCCGGAGCCCACCGCUGUCUGGAGCACUGGGAGACCACGCUCCCCCCGUGCUCUGGGCCCCGCCACCUCAGGCCUUUCUUCUUGCAGUCAGCACCUCCGAAAUGCUUCCAGACCCAGAGCCCGCUCCAGCCGUCACGCUGCCCAACUACCUGUUUCCUGUCUCUGAGCCCGACGCCCUGAACAGGGCUGGUGACACUGGUGACCAGGAGGAGCACUGUCUGAAGGAGAAGGUCCCCAGAGAAGACAGUGCCAAGAAGACUGGAAAAUCGAAGAAGAGGAUCCGGAAGACCAAGGGCAACCGCAGUACCUCACCCGUCACCGACCCCAGCAUCCCCAUACGGAAGAAGUCCAAGGACGGCAAAGGCAGCACCAUCUACCUGUGGGAGUUCCUCCUCGCCCUUCUGCAAGAUAGGAACACCUGCCCCAAGUACAUCAAGUGGACCCAGCGAGAGAAAGGCAUCUUCAAGCUGGUGGAUUCCAAAGCCGUGUCCAAGCUGUGGGGGAAGCAGAAGAACAAGCCUGACAUGAACUACGAGACAAUGGGGCGGGCGCUAAGAUAUUACUACCAAAGAGGCAUCCUUGCCAAAGUGGAAGGUCAGAGGCUGGUGUACCAGUUUAAGGAGAUGCCCAAGGACCUGGUGGUGAUUGAAGACGAGGACGAGAGAAGUGAAGUUACAGCCGCCUCCCCUCAGGCCUCCGCCCCCUCCACGUCCUCUGCUGGCAGCACCCGGAGAGCCAGCUCCAGGGUCUCCUCCCGGGCUGCCCCGCCGGGUAAGGGCGGCACCUCGUGGGAAAAGCCAAAGGUGCAGCAGCACGUCGGCCUGCAGCCAUCUGCCAGCCUGGAAUCGGGACCGUCCCCAGACGAGGAGAUGCCCACUACCUCUACCGUGCUUGUCUCUCCGCCAGAGAGCCAGGCCAAGCUCACCAAAGCUGUGAGCACUUCGGUGCCCAGCAACAUCCACCUGGGAGUGGCCCCUGUCGGGUCGGGCUCGGCCUUGACCCUGCAGACAAUCCCGCUGACCACAGUGCUGACCAACGGGCCUCCCGCCAGUACUACUGCUUCCACCCAGCUCGUUCUCCAGAGCGUUCCACCCGCUUCGACCUUCAAGGACACCUUCACUUUGCAGGCCUCCUUCCCCCUGAAUACCAGCUUCCAAGAGAACCAGGUGGCAGCGCCAGGGGCACCGCUGAUCCUCAGCGGCCUCCCCCAACUUCUGGCUGGGGCCAACCGUCCGAACAACCCAGCACCACCGUCGGUCACAGGGGCUGGCCCAGCGGGGCCCAGCUCUCAGCCCCCCGGGACUGUCAUUGCAGCCUUCAUCAGGACUUCCGGUGCCACAGCCGCCCCUGGGGUCAAGGAAGGGCCGCUGAGGCCCUCCUCGUAUGUGCAGGGCGUGAUGACUGGGGCCCCCAUGGAGGGGCUGCUGGUUCCUGAAGAGACCCUGAGGGAGCUCCUGAGGGAUCAGGCUCACCUUCAGCCACUUCCAACCCAGGUAGUUUCAAGGGGUUCCCACAAUCCGAGCCUUCUGGGAAACCAGACUCUCUCUCCUCCCGGCCGCCCCACUGUUGGGCUGACCCCGGUGGCUGAACUUGAGCUCUCCUCAGGCUCAGGGUCCCUGUUUAUGGCUGAGCCUAGUGUGGCCACAUCUGGGAGCCUGCUGACCAGAUCCCCAACCCCAGCCCCCUUCUCUCCGUUCAACCCUACUUCCCUCAUUAAGAUGGAGCCCCAUGACAUAUGAAGGGCGGGGUGGGGAGGGAAGUGUGAGCCCCCAGGCAAAGUUGAACAGCGUUUGUACCCGGACUUCCUCUAAGAGAGACUGACUUAAGUAGCACACCUGCCCUUACAUUUCAGUGGGUUGUCCACACACCAGCACCCCCCCCACCCCCCGCCCCCGGUGCCCCAGCCCCGCCUGGUGUCACCAUAGCCAAGACAGGCCCAGUUGGAACAUCCCUGGCAUCAGACCAUGGCUUUCAAGAGCAAUAGGGCAUACGCUCUUGUCGGGGUGAUGGGCUGACUUGGUGAUGGAGGGCAAACCUGUCGAGACGUUUGUGACCAGGGCUGGGGUAGGGGCUUUGAGAGGAGUCUUUUGGCCUGGCUGGAUGUCACCAUCUUCGCUCCCUCCACACAGUAGUUACUAGCCCGCCUGUGAAUAUCUCUGUACGUAUUUGGGUGUACUCGUGGGUCUGUAUCUCCGUUUCUUUGGUGAGAACGGGGGUGUAGCUGUGAGGUCUUCAAGGGUAUGUGUCCCUCUGUGGCUCAGCCACAGAGAUGGGGACUUUGCUGUUUUGAGGGAAAGCGUUCUUUCGUUCCCUUUGUACAAACCAAGAUUCGGUUGUUCUGAGACUACGGGGUGCAGGUUUGAGCCCCCAAAUCUGGAGAGAUGUCACAGAGCUGGGGCAGGUCCAGGGGACGAGCGAGUCAGUGAGCAUGUGCGUUGGGAAAGACGCAGUUCUUGGGGACAAGGAGAGGGCCGACUGAGAUCAAACCAUGAAGAGAGGGAAGGAAUUCUGCCCUGAGGAGCAGCCCCCUCCCCACCAGGUUAGAUGAAGUCUUCCCCCCCCCCCCCCCCCCCCCCCCCGCAGCCUCUUCGCCCUGCAGGCAUUUGCCAGUGGGCCAGAACCUUGAUCUCCCCAGAAUAUCUUUCAGAAGCGCCCCUCACAGUCAGAGCCAGCCACAAAGUCCCCAGGGGCAGAAGGGCUACAUUCAUUGAUGCAUGGGCUGUAAUACCAGCCUUCAUGGGCGCCCUGGCCUGCACCCCAGAUCCUGGCUUCUCUCUUGAUUAAUUUCACCCCUGUUAUCCCCAGGCAUGCUGGGGCUCAUCCUAGCGAUGUGCCUCGGGUCCGCCUCCGUUCCUGCUCCUGCCUACUUGCCGCUCAGCCCGCGCCCUGGUCCCCCGGCCGCCUGCCCACCCGGCCCCUCCCGCGAUGGCCACGGCAGAUGCCUCCAGCGGGGCCGUCGCCCCCAAGCGCCAGCUCCCCGGCUCACCCUGGUUCCUCCGCCAGGAAGGCGGCAGGCAGCCGAGGCGCACCCCCCCACCCCCCACCCCCGCCCCCGUCCUUCCGAUCUGUCUCUCCAUGGCUUCUUCCUGCCGUCUUUCCUCUUUCUGAGAAGGGAUCAGCCAAUUCUCUCUUUUUCUUUUUAAAGCCAAUUCUCACUUAGUCAACCCCGGGCCUAGGGCCCUGAGCCCCUCCCUUCUCUCUUCUGUGAAUUCCCUUUCCUCUCUCCCCACCCAGUUCGGGAGUAAGGCUAAGAGCCCUAACAUGUCAGAAACAGUGGUAUUACCUGGUGAAUUUGGUUAAUGUGAAUCCGUGCCUCGGGACCUCUGUGUCCUCGGCACAAAACCAGCCACUUGACCUAACUACCUCCCCGGUCGCCCUUCUCUCUCUCCUCCCCGUCACUGCCAAGCCUGGCAUUGUCCUCUCUUACUUCUUCUCGUUCUCCCUCUUCUCCCCCAAGAGGGAACCAUGUAUUGUUGUACAAGUGUAUUUAUUACACAUCUCCAGCACUUGGCAUUAACGUGCCUUUUUCUAAUAAAAUCAAUUUAUUAUGACGGUU